AUGGCUUCAUUGCACCCACUUACUAGAAAUCUUAAUAAGCACCAGUUAACUGGAUCAAAUUUCAAUGAUUGGCUCUUAAACUUGAAACCGAUUUUGAACUUGGAGAAAAUUACUUAUGUAUUGGAUGCUCCUGUACCCUUGCCUGCUAAUGAUGAUGGAGGGGAAAGUGUUCCACAAAACAUUACUCAAGAGGAGCAAGAUACUCUUACCAAGUGGCGAGAUGAUGAUCUCACCGCUAGGAGUUAUAUGCUUAUUUCAAUGAGUAGUGAAUUACAGCGUCAACAUGCGAAUAUGUCUAACGCAUACUCUAUCUUUACACGCCUACAAGAGUUGUAUGGUGAACAAAGUCGGAGUGCGAGAUAUAAGAUAUCUAAGGCACUAUUUAGGGCAAAUAUGUCUUCGGGAGGAUCAGUGGGAGAACAUAUUCUCAAAAUGCUCUCUCUAUUAGAGAAGUUGAAAGGUUUGGGGGAUGAGUUGAAUCCUCACCUCCAAAUUGAUUUGAUCCUUCAGUCUUUGCCAGAUUAG